AUGGACAGUGAACGCCGCUCCGACGCGCUGCGGCUCUUCGGCCUGCACCGGCGGCCGUCAGUCACUGCGGACGACCUGCGAGAGGCAUACGACCGAGCUGCAAAGCUGCAGCACCCCGACCGCGGCGGCGAGCCGUUUCUGUGGCAGCGCAUUCAGCAGGCGUACGACGAGCUGCGCUCCAAUGAAGCCGCAAAGGCGGCCCGCGCCGCCUUCCACGCUAUCGCGGGCCGCGUCUGCCCGGGCAGGCUGUACGAGUACGCCUCUGCGGAGGAGCACGCUGCCGCCGUGACCGCGUUCCGGCGCGCAUGCCUGGCCUUCCGCGUGCUGCGGGACGCCGAGCGGCGGCGCGUCUACUACGCCGUCGGCUUCGGCGGGCUGCGCGCCUCGGAGGCGUACCAGGAGGAGAGCGUGUUCGAGGUCGAGGCGUGGGAGGUGCGUCGCUCCUUCCUCGAGGGCGACGAGCAGGGUGACCGAGAGUACCUGCUGCUGCACGGGCCUGAGGGGCCUCCGCCCGACCCUACCGCGGCGGCGCGCUACGAGGCGCGGCGCCAAGCCCAAGAAGGGCCGCCUGCCUGGUGGCACCGCAUCACUCGAUCGUGGUGA